AUGGUACGCCUUACGAUAACUCCUUGCAUCACAGAGGGCCUGCAGAAGUUGGCUGAGGUCAGAUCGAACCGGGACAAGUCGGACGGCUUGGAAACGAAGACGAACAUAGCAGCCCAGACGACGACGUCAGAUGCACCUUUGCCCUCUGCAGCGACGCCCGAAACCGAGGAGCCCAGUCUCGAGAGCCCGAUUGUCGGUAACCCAAUCACGCACCGCCAGAUACUCGAUCUAUUCAAGGAGUUGAGGAGUGAGGGUGUCGAUGGCUUCAGCCUGGAAGGACUGCUCCGAGGGGCCACGGUGUACAUCGCUCCGCCGCCCCCAAAGCCAGAGCCUUCCGCCGAGUAUAAGGCCCUUAUGGCUCGCCUGCGACGCGAAGAAGAGGAACGAACAUACCAACGCAUGAUGAAGCAGCCAUCUCGGGUGGAAAAUUUCUCCCAGCAAUUCCCCAGCGCCACCACGAGAGCCCAUGCGUUUGCUGAAGUAAAUCGCCCCAUGCGCGAGUCGGACAAUGGCGAUGACGAGGCCACGCUCGGCGACGUGCAGAAGCAGGUGAUGGUCAUUCUCAACUUUCUCAUCAGCAUUAUCGGCGUUGCCGCGACGAUAUGGAUCGCAGCCCGCUGGUGGAACAUCACCGCGCGCAUAUUCCUGACACUUGCCGGGUCCAUCCUCGUCCUCGUCGCAGAGGUCGCCGUCUACUCGGGCUACGUGUGGAGGCUGACGGAGGCCAAAGCAAAUCGAAAGGAACCAGAAGAGAUCAAAGAGGUGAUGCAGACAUGGGUGUUGGGCAAAGACGAGGACGGCGGCGGCAAGCCGGGAGAAGAGCCGACAAUGCUCCUCGAUACCAACACGCAGGACACAGACGAGGGAAUACGGCGGCGAUUGAAGGGACUAUCAUAG